AUGAACAACUCAGCUACAAUCAGCUGCUCUAUCCACCGGACCAUUCUUUGUCAACCUUGUUACUCACUCCGUUACAAUUGCGCCACCUACGGCCAUCAAAUUCAAAUCUUGCAGCAGCAUGUGCAUGCUCCUCAAGAACAGCAGCAAGUGAAUGUUCCUCAACAACAGCAUAACUAUGGUGGUGAUCAGAGAAGAGAAGGGAUGUUUGAGUUCAGCUGCAACGGGGAUAACAGUUGCGAGAGAUGGAUGCUUGCAAUGAACUGUGAAGCAUGCUUAGCUUCAAACGCUGUCGUUUACUGUGCGGAACACGACCAGGUUCUGUGCAGCAAUUGCGACCUAAUGAUUCAUUACAGUGAUGACGUCGUGCCUCCGCAUAUGAGGAGUGUUCUUUGCGUGACCUGCAAGAGAGUCUCUCGGAGUUUUCGCAUUGGAGGCCAUCUUUUCAAUUUACCACCACCAAUUCCUCCGGCGGCGCCAGAUGAGGUCUCGGCGUCGGUGACCACAGGGCCGUAUUUACCUUAA